UCUUCAGUCCCCAACCUCAUGCCAGCUUGUGAGGCAACAGUGACAUGGCCUUACCUAUAUGGGGGCCUAGGGCUGGGGGGGUUCCUGCUCCUCGUUGUGGUCGUCCUGUCCGUCUGCCUGUGUCAGCUCCGUGGGAGAGUGAGGAGACUGGAGAGGAGCUGGGCCCAGCUCUCGCAACAGGAGCCCCACUAUGCGUCCCUGCUGAGGCUGCCUGAACCGGAAGGACCUGACCUCGGCAACCAAGAAAGGGAAGGCAGCAAGGAGGACCCCAGCACGGACUAUGCCUGCAUUGCCAAGAACAAACCCAUCUGAGCACCCCCAGGUGCCUCGUCCAACCCAGGCGGGUGGUCAGGGCCAUCCUGUGGUUCACCCAGUAAAGAAGACCAUGGUCUCGCCACCCUCUGUGUCUCAGGCUUCUCUAUCCACCUCAAGCCCCAGCUCAACAGGGCCACCAUCAAGACCUAAGCAACUUACCCUCCCACCCAUUCUUACCCACCAGGGAUUCACUGGGUGAAGGAGAGUGUUUAGGGACCCAAGCUCCCCUGAAGGCCAGAAAAGAGCAUUUGUCUGUGGGUCAU